CAGGUUCAGAGACCCUCAGAUCCAUCUUCAGCGAUUGCCGAAUCCCAACCAUCAUCUGAAAUGGCCACCAAGCAAGUCUCAUUCGCCCUCCUGUCGGUCCUUUUUCUCGCGCCAGCAGUCAUCGGUGACCCGAUACUGAGCACCCUCCUGGGACACCGCAGCGAUGACUCCUGGACGAGUGCUCGUAGUGCCGACCAGGAGUCCGCACUGGCUGCCGAGCCCAGCCUUCGUACCAUGCCCGGCAUAUCCACCCUGAGUCAGCUCACCACGCCACUCAUCCUUCUGGGCAUCGGUUACUACAUGCUGGGCUACAUGCCGACGGCCAUGCCCAUGUUCCUCGGCCUCCUUGGUCUCAAGGCCCGACUGCUGCCCUACCUGACGGCCAUAGGUCUGCGCGAAAACUUCGACCUGGACCGCGUGGGACGGCAGCUGGAGUCGAGCGAGUUCUUGGAGAGGGGCUUCGACUAUCUGGACAUCAAGGACACCGACUGCCGUCGCCGGGCCGCCUGCGAGAUGGGAGAGUGGCUGUCCAGGUCGCAUCCCGUUGUUGCCAAAGUCGUUGACGUUUUCAGCGAGAACAUGCUCAAGGGAAGCAAGUACUCGGACAACCUGCUGGAGGGGGCCCGCCACACCAGCUGUGACACGCAGUUCCCCAAAUGUCCGUCCUCGCCACUCCGGACAUUAUCGCCUUUCAAAUGAAGGUUGCGUCGAGCUGAGGCCUGCUUAGCUUUAGGCCUCUCUGUACAUAGGAUUGUUUUGCGUCUAUUCCCAUCCAUCCCGGAGCACGAAGAGUUUAUUUUGUGCUUCCCCCACUACGCAAGUCAUGCGCGUCGCGGUUCGGAGCGGGUACUUCGAACGUGAUACCAAACUGUAAAUGCGUUUAGCAUUAUUAAAUAAAAGAUAAUAAAACUAAGAAAACAA